CUUCAGACAGAACUCUGUUGAACAAAAAUGAAAUCGUUCAAUUUAUUUUAGUCGUGUACCAAGUUGAUUUUUAAAUAAAAUUAAAAUAUUUAUAUUUAUUUAAUACCCGGCCUCUUCUAUCCAACAUGAAAAGUGCAUUAAUGGUGGCUGAAAAGCCAUCGUUAGCCCAAAAUCUUGCCAAUAUACUUAGUAAUGGCAAAUGCAACACCAAUAAAGGUUCAAACUCAGCCUGUGCGAUACACGAAUGGAAUGGCACAUUUAAGAAUGAACCGGUCCGAUUUAAAAUGACGUCUGUUUGUGGACAUGUAAUGACUUUAGAUUUCACCGGUAAAUAUAACAACUGGGACAAAGUUGAUCCCAUUGAACUGUUCAGCUGUCCAACAGAAAAGAAGGAAGCAAUGCCCCGUCUUAGGAUACCUGCGUUUUUAGCCCAGGAAGCAAGAGGUUGUGACUUUCUUAUUUUGUGGUUAGAUUGUGAUAAAGAAGGUGAAAAUAUCUGUUUUGAAGUCAUGUCCUGUGUCCAGCCAUACAUGAAGGGUGAUGUUUUUUCUCCUCAAGUGACAUAUCGAGCACGUUUCUCUGCUAUUACAGAUAAAGAUAUAAAAGCAGCCAUGUUGAAUCUCGUUAGGCCUAAUGAAAAUGAGUCACGCAGUGUGGAUGCACGGCAAGAACUAGAUUUACGUAUUGGUUGUGCAUUUACACGAUUUCAGACAAAGUACUUUCAAGGCAGAUAUGGUGAUCUUGAUGCAUCUCUUAUAUCUUAUGGUCCAUGCCAAACACCCACUCUCGGUUUUUGUGUCCAACGUCAUGACGAAAUUCAGACUUUCAAACCAGAAACCUAUUGGGUUUUACGAGUGACAGCUUCGACGAGUGAGGGUCGUGAAUUGCCAUUGGAAUGGAAAAGAGUUAGGAGUUUUGAGAAGGAUAUUGCCAAUAUGUUCCUCGCUGGUAUUAAGGAAAUAAAAGAGGCUACCGUCAUAAACGUCCAAGCCAAAGAGAAGGUGAAGCCUCGGCCUACAGCCCUCAAUACAGUGGAGUUAAUGAGAGUGGCCAGCGCUGGACUGGGCAUGGGGCCACACCAUGCUAUGCAGAUUGCAGAACGUCUCUAUACUCAAGGUUAUAUCUCAUAUCCCAGAACUGAAACGACAAGUUAUCCAGAAAACUAUGACCUAAUGGGUACGCUUCGUCAGCAACAGAACUCGUCUAAAUGGGGUACAGAAGUUCGCGCAAUUAUCGCAAACGGUAUUAGCAAACCCAAGAAAGGUCACGACGCAGGCGACCAUCCUCCCAUCACACCCAUGAAACCAGCUACGGAGUCUGAGCUAGAGGGCGAUAUGUGGCGUAUCUACGACUACGUGACGCGUCACUUCAUAGCGACACUGUCAAGGGACUGCAAGUAUUUAUCAACAGUAAUAACAUUCCAAGUGGGCUCUGAAACGUUCACGUACACAGGGAAUACGCUCGUGGAUGCUGGGUACACGGAGAUUAUGCACUGGCAGGCCUUCGGCAAAGACGAGUUCGUGCCCGUCCUCGCCGUGGACGACGUCCUCCGCGCUCACGACCACCGCCUCGUGGAGUGCCAGACCUCCCCGCCGGACUACCUCACCGAGUCGGAGGUAAUCACUCUGAUGGAGAAGCACGGGAUCGGCACCGACGCCUCUAUCCCGGUGCACAUCAACAACAUCUGCCAGCGGAACUACGUCAACGUCGGUAGCGGUAGGAGGCUCGUGCCCACCAGCCUGGGAGUGGUGCUGGUCCACGGUUACCAGAAGAUCGACCCGGAGCUGGUCCUGCCGACCAUGCGCUCGGCCGUGGAGGAGCAGCUCAACCUGAUAGCCGUGGGCCGCGCCGACUUCCACGCCGUGCUGGCGCACACGGCCGAGAUAUUCCGGCGCAAGUUCCAGUACUUCGUGCGGUCCAUCGAGGCCAUGGACCAGCUGUUCGAGGUCAGCUUCUCGUCGCUGAAGUCGAGCGGCAAGGCGCUGUCGCGCUGCGGCAAGUGCCGGCGCUACAUGCGCUACGUGGCGGCCAAGCCGGCGCGCCUGCACUGCUCGCACUGCGACGACACGUACGCGCUGCCGCAGCACGGCUCCGUGCGCAUCUACCGCGAGCUCAAGUGCCCGCUCGACGACUUCGAGCUGCUCAGCUGGUCGGCCGGCAGCCGCGGCCGCAGCUUCCCGCUCUGCCCCUACUGCUACAACCACCCGCCCUUCAGGGACAUGAAGAAGGGAUUCGGAUGCAAUUCCUGUACCCACCCCACGUGCCCCUACGGCGUUAACUCUACAGGGGUGUCCGGGUGUGUCGAAUGUGAUGGAGUGUUAGUCCUCGAUCCUUCCGCUCCGAAGUGGAAGCUCGCUUGUAAUCGCUGCGACGUGAUCAUCAACAUCUUCGAGGAGGCGUCCCGCGUGUCGGUGUGCGAGAGCGCGUGCGGCUCGUGCGGCGCGCAGCUCGUCAGCGUGGAGUACCGCGCCGAGCGCACGCGCCUGCCCGCCGCGCUCACCGACAUGACGGCCUGCCUCUACUGCGAGCCCAGCUUCAGCGCGCUCGUGGAGAAGCACCGCGCGGUGUCGUCGCGCGGCGGCGGCGCGCGCGGGCGCGGCGGGCGCGCGCGCGGCAAGCACCGCAACAAGCAGCCCAAGGACAAGAUGGCGCAGCUCGCCGCCUACUUCGUGUGAGCCCCCGCGCCCUACCCCACUCGCUUCUACCGUAUCGAUGGCAUCGAUGGAGUCGUAUGGGCGGAUCGGUGCUGAGCGGGUAAACUCUAAUUUUAUAAUAAAUUCGACGAACUGAAAUCUGUCCUCGAUCUAACAUUGUGCACUUCGAUGUACGAGCACGUAUUAAUAUAUUGUUUUAGGAUUUAAACCGCGAUAUUUUCUUUUGCCCCAUCUUUCGACAGAGUUGAGUUACAGAUGUCGUGGUCACGAGUUUACCGUCCGGAUAAAUUACAAAAGUACUUGAUCGCGCCCGAAUCUCGUACAAAAUUCAGAAUGCGUAAUAUAAUAUCCGAACGCCAAUGAUUACUACGUGAUAUGAUUUUGAUGCACUUUACGCUUUCAAUGUUAUCAAGUGGAUAAGUCACUUCCUGAAAUCUCACUUCAUAACAGCUCAACAUUUAAGCGAGUAUAUACAGAAACAAAAAAAAUACAAUAAACACCUUAGCUGAAAUGGCAAGCAAAUGGUUCUUUACUAACUAAAAACGAAUAAGAAUUUUAAUAAAAAUCAAGUGUGGGAUGAGUGCGUCGCGAUGUCACAUAGCAUUUAUCUGAUUCGGCCCUAAGUGUAUUAUAUAUUUAACACCGUACUUUAAUUUAAUAAUACUUUUAAA